AUGCCUACUAUCGCUGCUACGCUGAGUUUUCCAGGACCUGAUAAAGUCAUUGAUUUUGAUGAUGCUACCUUUUUGAUGAAAAUUGAAACCCUACCUCAACCAAAUCAUGCUCGUGUUUUUUUCCUAGAUGACGAUCCUUUAGAAGAAUGUGAAAAGGUUCCUAAAGGAAUUAUUUGCAAUGAUAUUACAAAUAAUAUUUCUAAUCCUCCUAUGCCUGGAACUCAACCUGAGUAUUUUGUGGUAAACCUUCCUAACAAAUAUGAAUUCCUUUACGACGGAAAAAAAAUAUGCACUCUAGUUCCGGAGAUGAAGCGAUAUACAAUUCAUAAUCAUAAUAAGACAGAGAAUGUUAAAAAAUAUGAAAAACAUAAACGUCUAAAUAAAGCCGCGGAAACACUUUUAAGAGAGAUGAAACGUAAAAAUCGUCAAAUUACACUUGAUAACCUAGAGUUUUUGGCACAAGGUCUUUACGCAUUUCAAUCUAAAUCCCAAGCUAACUUUUGUGAUUACAUUGCGUAG